AUGUCCAGAAACAAGGACGGUCUCCUCGUCCCAACCACUACCACAGACCAGGAAUUGCAGCACCUCCGCAAUACACUCCCGGACUCGGUCAAAAUCCAACGCAUAGAAGAGCGCCUCUCAGCCCUCGGCAACGUCAUUUGCUGCAACGACCACGUCGCAAUCGUGCACCCUGAUCUCGAGCGCGAGACUGAAGAGAUCAUCGCGGAUGUCCUCGGCGUAGAAGUCUUCCGCCAGACUGUCGCCGACAACGUGCUGACUGGCUCCUACAUGGCCCUCAGCAACCAGGGUGGUAUUGUGCACCCCAAGACCUCCAUCAGAGACCAGGACGAGCUGUCCUCGCUCCUUCAGGUUCCUCUUGUUGCCGGCAGUGUGAACCGUGGUUCUUCCGUGGUUGGUGCCGGUAUGGUGGUGAACGACUGGUUGGCUGUGACCGGACUGGACACCACUGCCACUGAACUGAGUGUCAUCGAGUCCGUGUUCAGGCUGGGAGAGAUGGCGCCUGGCGGUGCCGGAGCCGGUGUUAAUAAGGAGAGCAUUGUCGAGAGUUUCUACUAG